UUAAGGUGGCCUUUCGUAUUCAUAAUAUAAACAACAGAGUAGCCUAUCUCAUGCACUCCUUUUUCAAUUCACACACACCCUUCUCCUUCUUCUCCUUCAACUCUCUUCUCAAUGAUUUAAUCAUUUCUUUGAGUCCCUUUCUUUUUGUCACAUGUAAUUUCCCUUCUCUCCCCCAUUUUCUUUUUCUCCUUAUCAGUUAUGUACAUGUGAAUCUCGAAUCUACCCUCUACUUUGUUAAAAAGUUUUAUCACUUUUUUCUUCUCCUUCAUAUUCUCACACCACACAGCACAAAACAAAGAAAAAGAGGGAGAUAAAACCAGUGGUUCUUAAAUCUCUCUCUCUGUCAUAACGAUCAGAUAGCGAAUUUCCACUACUCAAUCAUGUACUCAGUUCAAUUCCCUAUUUCUAUUUAAUUCUUAUUCAGCUACCAUUUCCCAAAAGGAAAAAACAGAGGAAGAGAAAAACAGGGCUCCUAUUUCAGCUGCAAAGGUACAAGGGAGCUCCAAGCUCGAAAUCUCAACAUAGGAUUGGUGUUGGUGUCUUGUGUUGAGUGUGUGACAAAAAAACAAAUAAAACAUGAGAGAUACCAACAUCCUUGUGGUUGGUCAAGACGGGAUUUUGCGGCCGUUGAUGAAGACCGCAACGAGAUCCACGACGGUUCUAGUGUUCUCUAUGCUCUUCAUAUUUGGCGCGUUGGUAUACACGCUCCUUCUCCCCUCGCAUCAGUUAAUUUUUGGAGGCACACCUUCCAAAUCAAUACUAGCCACAACAGAAAACAACAAUGUGCCCAAAAUGCCCCCAAAGCAAAUAGAGAUUCCACUAAACUGCACUGCAUACAAUCUAAACAAAACAUGCCCCAACCAUGAAGAAAUCCCAGACGACAAUCAAGACCGUUUACCAAGCUCCACGUGUCCAGAUUACUUCCGUUGGAUCCACGAGGAUCUAAGGCCAUGGGCCCACACAGGCAUAACAAAGGAGAUGGUAGACAAGGCUAGAAAAACAGCAAAUUUCAAAUUGGUGAUUCUCAAAGGGAAGGCUUAUUUGGAGACUUAUGCAAAAGCGUUUCAGACAAGAGAUGUUUUUACAAAGUGGGGGAUAUUGCAAUUGUUAAGGAGGUAUCCUGGGAUGUUGCCAGAUAUGGAGUUCAUGUUUGAUUGUGUUGAUUGGCCUGUCAUUUUGGCUGAACGUUAUGGUGGUUCUAAUUCUAAUAAUGCUAGCAAUGUUCCUCCACCACUCUUUAGAUAUUGUGCUAAUGAUGCUACAUUGGACAUUGUCUUCCCUGAUUGGUCCUUUUGGGGUUGGGCUGAGAUUAACAUAAAGCCAUGGGAGAUUUUGUCAGGAGAGAUGAAAGAAGGGAACAAGAGAACAACAUGGCUUAAAAGAGAGCCAUAUGCUUACUGGAAAGGUAAUCCUGAUGUUGCUGACACAAGAAAAGACCUCAUGAAAUGCAAUGUUACAGAUCAACAAGAUUGGAAUGCUCGUAUUUAUAAACAGGAUUGGAUAAAGGAAUCAAAAGAAGGGUACAAGCAAUCAGAUUUGGCAAGCCAAUGCAUUCAUAGAUAUAAGGUGUACAUUGAAGGUUCUGCUUGGUCUGUUAGCCAAAAAUACAUUCUAGCAUGUGAUUCUGUCACACUGCUUGUAAAUCCACACUACUAUGAUUUUUUCACAAGAGGGUUGGUUCCAAUGCAACAUUAUUGGCCAAUUAAGGAAGAUGACAAAUGCAGAUCCAUUAAAUUUGCUGUGGAAUGGGGCAAUACUCAUCAGAAUGAGGCUAAUAGUAUUGGAAAGGCAGCAAGUGAUUUCAUCUAUGAUGAAUUGAAGAUGGAUUAUGUGUAUGACUACAUGUUUCAUCUCUUAAAUAGUUAUGGUAAACUAUUUAGAUAUACACCCACUUUAAGUUCUGAAGCAGUUGAGCUAUGUGUGGAGUCAAUGGUUUGCAAUGCUAAAGGAAGAGAAAGGCGAUUCAUGAUGGAAUCAAUGGUGAAGGGUCCUGCAAUCACCAACCCUUGCACCAUGCCCCCACCUUUUGACCCUCCAUCUUUGCAUGAAAACUUGAGGAGAAAAGAAAGUUUAAUUCAACAAGUGGAUUCAUGGGAGAAGAGUUAUUGGGGGAAACCAAAAUAAUAAAUCUUGAUGUAUAUCAAUUUUUUUUUGCCAAUUGAAUUCUAAGGCAUAUAGUUUUAGAUUAUAUAUGUAUUAUUUUUUCUCCCAUAUAUUAGCAUCCUCUUUUGGCAGGUAUAAAUAGAAGGGCAAUUUACCCAAAUAAAUAAAGUAGAUAAAAUCUUUACUCAAAUACACAAAACA